AGGAGGAGGAGAGGCAGAGGAGGAGAGAGAAAGAGAGAGAGAGAGAGAGAGGGGGACAGAGACAGAGAGAGACAGAGAGAAAGAGGAGGGGAGAGAGAGGCAGAGGAGGAGAGAGAGAGAGGAGAGGAGGAGGAGAGAGAGAGAGAGCGAGCGAGCGAGGCAGAGGAGCGUCGUCAAGGUGCGCCGAGGAAGAUGCUGGGCAGUCUGUGAGUGGUGGGCGCGGGUUCACAGCGGUCGCACGUCUCCCGGGACCACUUCCGGCCAGAGGGUCGCACAGCUCGGGGCUCCGGGAGUCAUCGCCGUCUUUUGUAAAACAACAGAGAAGCGGGGCGCCGGACGAGCCUCACAGCCGGACUCCGGGCUCCGGACUCCGGGCUCCGGGCGGCGGAGGGGGGGUAGAAAGUUUCCCCGCCAUGUUCGACUGAAGCCCUGAGGACGUGGUUCUGCCGCGGCUGCGAUGCUGCCGGGACGGACGAGUUGCGUGGAAAGUGGAACGCGUUGCCCGACGACUUGAGCCGGUCCACCGGACGGCCCGGCCCGACAAACUCUGACGGUUAUCUUGGCGGAGCGAUCCGAGGGUAAUGGAGCACCGCCCGGCUGCGCUCAGCCUCCUGGGUCUGCUGACGCUCGCAACUCUGGCACACGGGUCCCGGCCAAGGUUGGAGGAUGCUGCUCCUCGGGUUGUGGAGCACCCGUCCGAUCUGAUCGUGUCCAAAGGUGAGCCAGCCACCCUCAACUGUAAGGCAGAGGGCAGGCCCUCUCCCAUGGUGGAGUGGUACAAAGAUGGAGAGCGUGUGGAGACGGACAGAGAAGACCCCCGGUCCCACCGCAUGCUGCUACCCAGCGGCUCCCUCUUCUUCCUGCGAAUCGUGCACGGGAGACGAAGCAAACCUGACGAAGGUGUUUACGUGUGUGUGGCACGCAACUACCUGGGUGAGGCGGUCAGUCGCAACGCAUCGCUGGAAGUAGCAAUUUUGAGAGACGACUUCCGUCAGACCCCCAGUGAUGUGGUAGUAGCGGCAGGCGAACCAGCAGUCAUGGAGUGUAUCCCCCCCAGAGGCCACCCUGAGCCCACCAUCUCUUGGAAGAGAAACAACAUCCGGGUCAAUGACCGGGACGAGAGGAUAACCAUCCGAGGAGGGAAGCUGAUGAUUUCCAACACCAGGAAGAGUGACGCCGGCAUGUAUGUGUGUGUUGGUACAAACAUGGUGGGGGAAAAAGACAGUGACCCGGCUGAGCUAGUGGUCUUUGAGCGGCCAGUGUUCAUCAAGCAGCCGGUGAACCAGGUGGUGCUGGCAGACGAUACGGUGGACUUUCUCUGUGAGGUCCACGGAGAUCCCACCCCCACUGUCCGCUGGCGGAGAGAGGAGGGAGAGUUACCCCGGGGGAGAUUUGAGAUCCGCAGUGAUUACAGCCUUCGUUUGACCCAGGUGAGGGCAGAGGAUGAGGGUACCUACACCUGCGUGUCAGAGAACAGUGUUGGCAAGGCUGAAGCCUCAGGCACACUCCAAGUUCAUGUGCCCCCUCAGAUUGUGGUGCGGCCCCGGGACCAGAUUACAGCCCCAGGACGCACCGUAACCUUCCUAUGUGGCACCAAAGGAAACCCCCCGCCGGCCGUCUUCUGGCAGAAGGAGGGCAGCCAGAUCCUGCUGUUCCCCAUUCAGGAAUUGUCCCAGUCGGGUCGUUUCUCGGUGUCCUUGAGCGGUGAAUUGACCAUUACCGACGUCCACGCUGAAGACUCGGGGUAUUACAUCUGCCAGGCCAUCAGCGUGGCCGGCAGCGUGCUGACUAAAGCCCUGCUGGAGGUGGAGAGCGCACCCUCCGACCGUGUCCCGCCAAUCAUCCGUCAGGGACCUGCCAAUCACACUCUAGCUCCAGGUUCCACAGCCCAGUUACAGUGUCACGUCAUGGGCAACCCUCUACCCAGCAUCCAAUGGGAGAAGGAUGGACAGAGGAUCUUAGGGAGCGAUGGGCGAAUCAGCUUGAUGGAAAAUGGCACCUUUCAAAUCACCAACCUUCAGGACAUGGAUUCGGGGGUGUAUACCUGCCUCGCCUCGAGCUCCAGCGGAGAGACGAGUUGGAGUGGCGUGCUGACAGUCAAAGAGAGUGCGGACUCUUCUGUCUCUCAGGCCACGGAGCCCUUCCAGUUGCCAGGCCCCCCGCACAAGCCUGUCGUCACAGAUGUGACCAAAAACAGCGUCACGUUAACUUGGCAGCCCAACGCCCACGAGGGAGGAGCGGCCGUCACUUCGUACAUCAUCGAAGCCUUCAGCCAAUCAGCGGGCAGCACCUGGCAGACGGUAGCGGACCUGGUUAAGGUGGAGACGCACACAAUCGGUGGCCUCUUUCCCAACACCAUCUACCUCUUCAUUGUCCGAGCGGUCAACGCCUACGGCCUGAGUGACCCAAGCCCCAUUUCUGAGCCCGUCCGAACCCAAGAUGUGAGUCCCACCGGUCAGGGAGUGGACCACAGACAGGUGCAGAGAGAGGUGGGAGAGGUGGCUGUCCAGCUUCAGGAGCCUGUCACGCUAACCACAGCUUCCAUACAAGUGUCCUGGACUGUGGAUCGUCAGUCUCAGUUUAUCCAGGGUUACCGCCUGCUCUAUCGGCCCAGCGGGGGAACCUGGUUCCAGCAGGACAUCAACUCGCCCGCCGAGCGCAGCGCCGUCCUCACGGGCUUGCUCAAAGGAACAACUUACGAGAUUAAAAUCCGGCCCUAUUUCGAUGAAUUCCAGGGCAAGGACAGCAGGACAUUGCUGGUUCGAACCCCAGAGGAAGUACCCAGCGCUCCUCCCCGGGCUGUUACAGUGAUGACAGUGAAGCAAAGCAACAGCUCCAGCAUCAGCAUCUCUUGGGAGCCUCCACCCACCGAGAUGCAGAACGGGAUCAUUCAGGAGUACAAGGUGUGGUGUGUGGGGACUGCCACCGACAACCAGACACGCUACUACAUCAACAAGACGGUGGACGGUAUGGUACUGUCCACGGUACUGAAAGGCCUGAUGCCGGGCGUCCUGUACCAGGUGGAGGUGGCGGCCGUGACCAGCGCUGGUGUCGGCGCACGCAGUCAUCCCGUGCCUGUGCUCAUCAAGCCGCCAGCUGAACAACCGGCUGUGUCAGGCGGCGGCGGUGGCGGCACCGCCACGGGCGGUGAUGACGGCAGUGAGGAGAGCAGCGUGAGCCUGGCGGAGCAGAUCACUGAUGUGGUCAAGCAGCCGGCGUUCAUCGCAGGAAUCGGCGGGGCCUGCUGGGUCAUCCUGAUGGGCUUCAGCAUGUGGAUCUACUGCCGACGCAAGAAGAGGAAAGAACUGAGUCACUACACUGCCUCAUUCACUUACCCACCCGCAGUUGGCUUCCCACAUGGCGAGGGAUCGGGACUUAACGGAAGGCCCGGCGUGCUGGGAGGCAACAUGGGGAACUAUCCAUGGUUGGCAGACUCGUGGCCCACCACCAACCUGGUCCACAGUGGAAAAGAGGCGGUCAACUGCUGCUCGUCCAAUCACGACACAGCUGACAGAUACUACAAUGAAGCAGGUAUUUCAAACUACUUGAGUCAGACGGAGAAGUACAGCAUGGGAGGCUCCACCGAGGGACCCAUCUACAGCACCAUCGACCCCACAAACGAGGACCUCAACAGCUUCACCUACUCCCAGCACACCACCCCCUACGCCUCCACCUCCAUCAUGCCUUUUACCAGCCAGACACAGGCAUCGGCCCACAGCGCUGAGCAGCAGGAUGAAGGACACUGGAUCACCCAGCCGGGGCCCUCCGGGGCACAGUACGCCCAGCCAGACCGCUGCAGUGGUAAGCCCAAGCAGAAGGCUGUGGGCAAGGCUGUCAAGACACCUUCUCUAAACUGGAUUGAGGCCCUGCCCCCUCCUCCUCCCUCUGGAGAGCUGGAACAGUUUGGUCAGGAGGACCAACACCUGCAUGAUGACCUGGACAGAGGCUCGGAGGAGGAGUGGUGUCCACCGCUCCCGGAGAGGACCUACCUGAUGGAGGGCUGUGAGGACGGCGGUCCUCCCCACAGGGCCAACGCCUCCUCUCCCACCACCUCCUACAGUCACCAGUCCACCGCCACACUCACCCCAUCCCCCCACGAGGAGAGCAGACUCCCCCAUGACCCUCCUCGCCUGAACCAACUGGAUGGGCAGCAACUGUCACGCAGACGGUUACCCAGCGGUCCACUCCCCCAGGCUCUGAGCCCACCUUUAAACCAGUCCAACCUCUCCGGCCAACCGCAUCAUGGUACAUCUGAGCUUGGCACGCUACAGUGCCAAAGUCCCGGGCAUCGCAGUCACCUUAGCCAGGGGGCAACAGUGAAUGAAGACAACAUCAGUGCCGCUUCACCCGUGCAAGGUCGUCUCUCCCCCGCAGACACGUACACUCCUCCCAGCCAAAAAUCCAGAGUGAAGAAAAAGACUUCGAAGAGUGUGGCAUACAGGAGAGACAUACAGGGAGACCUGCCUCCACCUCCUGAGCCUCCCCCAGAGGAGGACAGGUUGCAGGGCUCUCUGGGGUGUGUGGAGGCUGGCCUCAUGGCGGAGGACAGAGUGGGUGGACCCCUGUCUUCCUUGGAGAAGAGGGAACACAACAGCUGCAGCCACCAAAGGAAAGGCUCAGGACAGCGACAGACCGACAAUGAGGAGCUGAUGGCGUACAGCAGUAAGGCCGGCUUCCUGCCCAGGAGUCAGAUGUCGAGUAACUGUUCUACCACAGGGAGCUCCUCGUCCAGGGGCUCCACAGGCUCCAGAGGCCUCAACUCGGCCAGGAAACACAUCGAGGAAAUGAGAUAAGAACACCAUCAGCUGAGAGGUGGAAACGACAGCUUUGUUUCCCGGCGAUCCAGCGAUGCCUCCCUUUCCUUCUUCGUCACGGAGGCCAUCGGCUGAAAACGGGGGGGGG